ACUAAUACUGAAAAUCUAUAGUUCAUGUUACGUUACGUAUAUUAUAGAUUUUUAGUAUAGUUUUUGAUAGUGAAUUUCGGAACGCAGCUCAUGUGUAUUCGCAGAGAUGUAUUUUUUGAAUUUGCGAGCGAAAUUUGAAGAGAUCUGAGAAAAUAGUUUGCGAGGAUAGUAUGGAGAGGGAUGCUCCAGGAAGUCCCUUGUAUCCCCGACUAAGUCCGUUCCUGAUGAUCGCGAGACUUGCAUGAGAGACUGCGAGAAACGACAAGUGGACUGAGGAGCAGCGAGGAGGCGACGACGUAUUCGCGAGCGAUGGGGUUCGACGUGGGCCGUUUCCAGGGUGAGGUGGACGAGGAACUCGUGUGCCCGAUAUGCUCUGGCGUGCUUGAGGAUCCUGUUCAGGUAGGCCGUACUCGAUUCGUGGAAACCCCGCGACCUACAACCGUAUCCCACCCUAACCUCCACUGUUUGCGUUCAUGUUGUGCGAAGAGCCUUCUCGAAUUCGAGAGGAGAAAAAAAGGGGAAAUUUUUACAAAUAGGAUUAUUUCAGUUUUCGAAGGGAGUGAAGGGCAUCGAAAAGUCCGAUUUUUUCGCGCGAGUCUCCAUCUGAGUUUAUCUUGCCGACUCGUUUCUGCAAGCGAGAGGUUGAUGGAAGACAUUCGCAACGAGAUUUUGUUUGUUUUUGUACAUCGAGAGGCGAAGAGAAAUAGCUUUCUACCACGUAAACAUUUGCUCAAUCGCUUCAUUUUCCGAAGCUUUCCGUCGUUCUUGGUUUCCGUUACGUCUCUUGCCUCGAAAUCAAGGCGCACGAAGUCGCCUAUCCGCCAAUACAGUUGUAGCAGCUUAUGGACUUGCAGGUGAGCAAUGUGUUGCAGGCGCCAGUGUGUGAGCAUGCUUUCUGUCGCACCUGUAUCAACGAAUGGAUAAAUCGUCAGCCUACGUGCCCUCUGGAUCGUACACCCAUCACGUCCACUCAGCUUAGAGCAGUCCCCAGAAUUCUGAGGAAUCUACUGGCCCGUUUGUGCAUUAAGUGCGACAACAUCACAUACGGUUGCACCGUGGUUGUAAAGCUAGACUGUCUGGCCAUGCAUCUUGAGCAGUGCGAAUAUAAUCCGAAGAGACCAAUGCAGUGUGAGCAGGGUUGCAGUUUGAUCAUCCCCAAGAACGAACUGAAGGAUCACAAUUGCGUGCGUGAGCUCCGCAAUCUGAUAACACAGCAGCAGCAAAAGCUGAACGACAUGAAGCGUGAACUUGACGAACAGCAUCUGCAGAUCAACGAACAAAAACGUGAGAUCCAUUUGCUGAAGGACUUUAUGCGCGCGCUUCGAGUGUCGAAUCCGGCAAUGCGCGCGAUUGCUGAUCAGAUGGAACGGGACGACGUCGUCAGAUGGUCCGCAUCUCUGCCACGCGCUAGGGUUACCAGAUGGGGCGGGAUGAUUUCUACGCCUGACGAGUUACUUCAGACGAUGAUCAAAAGAACUCUGUCAGAGUACAAUUGUCCCCCUCAUGUGAUUGAUGAGCUAAUGGAGAACUGCCAUGAGAGAAAGUGGCCACCAGGUCUAAAUUCCCUCGAGACCAGACAGAACUCUCGACGACAAUACGAUAACUACGUGUGCAAAAGAGUGCCUGGCAAGCAAGCAGUGCUAGUCCUCCAGUGUGACAAUAUGCACAUGCCGGAAGAUAUGAUGGUUGAACCUGGGUUAGUGAUGAUCUUUGCGCACGGUAUCGAAUAGGGACAUUCAUAUGUAUAUGAAUACAAUGUUAUUAAUUGAACACUAACGCGGAUCCAGAAAUACUGAUGUCAUGUCGCGAACGCGAAUUCAAACUCUGAUAUCCAUUUGUGGAUUGACAUAAGUCUUUUCUGGAUCUUCAUUGGAUUAAUGCGAAAACUUAUCCGAUCGUCGUCGUUUUACUCGGAAAAUUCCUUCACCUCGGGAUACUCGUGCGUUUAUGGUUAUUGAAACGCUGAGAUUGCAAGAUUGUCCUUGAUGCGAAUUUAUUCCGAGGAUAAAUUGAAGCCGUAGCAUACGGAAACGAUGAUUGCACACUAUCGCCCUUUGUGAUACGCGAUUCUAGAAGCGCGAUUGUCACGUACAGGAUCGAUUGGGAUUAUAAUUGUAAUCGAUACGGUAAAUAGCCGUACAUGGUGGCCAAUUCUGUACCGCCUACCGACAACUAUCGGUGUCGUUGCGCAGGUUUUUUACCAUAUAAAAUAUCUGCGCAACGACACCGAUAGUUGUCGGUAGACAGUACAGAAUUGAGCCUAUGGUACUCAACGCGUCAACGUUGUUCGACUCGCCGUUAUUGAUUACCUCGAUCGAACCUCACACAGGAAAACUCAAUCGAGUAUCUGGAUCGUUGCACUGUGAUACACCACUUCGGUGAGAAACCUGAAAUCGCGUGAUAAAUGACCGACUACCGCCUCUUCUCCUUAGCCAGUCGAUUGAUCGAAUUGUAUAUUUUUUCGUCGGCGGUUCGUUUAUCGUUCAUUUCAGGAUCAUUUACGGAUACUUAGAAGUCUGUGAAUGUUUUACUAUAAUACUUUAGAGAAAGGAGAGAAAGAGACAGAGGAACGUAAACGAUGAUUGGAGAAAACUGCCAUAAUCUAUAAGCACAAAUGAGAAAUCUCAGAAUUGGUAUACAGAUUCGCCACAGUGACUUUUUUUUUAACACUUGAGGCGUAUUGGUCCUGAAAUCACAUUUUUCCUCCUAACGAUUUUUUUCUUUUAUAAUUCAUACUUCCUCGAGUUUUUUCUUUUCUCUUUGAAAGUUUGUCCAGAGCUAUGCAUUUUAAACAAGUUAAUCGUUAUCAUUUGACUGAAUACGAAUCUAGGCAUUUCCUAAAAAUUUGUUGCUAAUUAUCCUGUACUGAAUCAUGCACAAAUAGCUUGCUUGCUUUAAGCUAAUGACACAUUCUGCUUACUCGUCAUUGUGUUAGGGUGUUCUAUCGUCUGUUAAAAGAAAGAUUGAAUUCAAAUUUUUCACAAAGUGCUAUCAAAAUAUUAUUUGAUAGUGGUGGAACACUCUACGUAAAUUAAUUAUUGUAACAAUUAGUUAGUUUGUAUCGCAGUACUGACCUAUGAUUUGUCGCGUUACGAGUCGCGUAACGAUAAAUGCUUCUUUAUGUAGCUUCUAAUCUUGCCACGAUGUAUGACUGGUAUAGGACCAAGAGAUUAUUGAAAUUUAUUCUUUUUGACAGUAAUCAUUCUUGUAAUAUAUUUUUAUAAGAUAAUGCCGCGAGAUGAGAUAGGAUAAAAAUAUUAGAAUUUGUUCUCUCGGAAACGCAUCUGUAUUCAGUACAUCUUGCGUUACUUCCAAUAAGUCUUCGAAAAAAAUCAAAUACGUGGAUUGUCGCCCAAAAAUGAAAGUAUUUUUUGUCCGAUAAAUUAUGUUAUCUGAUAAACACCGUGAAUUUUAGAUGUAAUAUUAUAAUUCUAGAGAUUGUAGUAAGACAAUUCGAUAACAGGCUGAUUUUAUACAUAAAUAUAUAUAUAGUAUAUAAUAAUAAUUGUAAUAAAGCACAAAUUUUACAUAU